UUUUUCCUCUCUCAACGGCAGAUGCAGCUUCGACUUCGGUGCGCAAAGUUACGCUGCGAGUCAAGACGAACGUUGUGUGAUUCAGUGUGCAGAAAAUUACUAAAUAUUGUGGACACCACAGCUGUUACCUCGGGAAAAGAGACGGGACAACACCGACGUGUCUGUGAGGGACGGAGGAGCUGCUCGCUUCGGCGUUUUGGACCAAAGGUUCAUGUGUGCUUUUUUUCCCUCGGAUUUCGGCAGUUUCACAGACGCUGGUAGGAACCAUGGAAGAGACACGUGACUGGUUGUGGAGGGUGGUGGGCCUGGAUCCUGCUCUCCAAGAACAGAGCUUAGCAGCUGCAGAGGAAUGAGAAGCUAUCCCAACCCACACCUGAUCAUCUCCACCUUCCUGUGCUCCACCACACCUUCUUCAGCAUCACUUCACAGCUUUGUUUCUUGCACAUAUGCCUGACUGUUUGUCUAACUGACCUUUUACUGACGUGGCUACAGUCACAUGUGAUUCCAACCUCCUCACCUGCCCUUAAAUAUUAUUUUAUGUCCUACUGACUCCCAAAAACAACAACCAGCCAUGAGGAGCUCCAGGUCGAACCUGUUGCUGGGCUGCGUGCUCCUCUGCUCAGCCUCCCUGCUCUACUUGGGCAUGAGUGGGAUAGACUGUCCUCCAAAAAGCCAUCGCUAUAGGUGGAUGGAGCUCAACCUGGGCUCAGGCAAUCAGAGCCUAUCUCUGACUGAACGCUUCCCUGAAGACACACCCAUCAUCUUCAUUGGGGGCUUCCCCAGGAGUGGCACCACGCUGAUGCGUGUCAUGCUGGAUGCCCACAAUGCCGUGCGCUGUGGAGAGGAGACCCGAGUAAUUCCCCGCCUUUUGGCCAUGAGGGCGACCUGGAGCCGCUCAGUUAAGGAGAGAAUACGAUUGGAUGAGGCCGGCGUCACCGACCAGGUGUUGGACUCAGCUGUGCGAGCAUUCCUGUUAGAGGUGAUUGUCGGCCACGGAGAGCCUGCACCUCGUCUUUGCAACAAGGACCCAUUUGCGUUGAAGUCUCUGUCUUAUUUGGCGCGCCUCUUCCCUAAAGCCAAAUUUGUGCUGAUGUUACGAGACGGACGAGCAACCGUCCACUCCAUGAUAUCACGCAAGGUGACCAUCUCUGGCUUUGAUCUUACCAGCUACAGGGACUGUCUUACCAAGUGGAGCAGUGCAGUGGAGACCAUGUUCAGCCAGUGCCAGGCAGCUGGGGAAGCCAGAUGUCUCCCUGUCCGCUACGAGCAGCUCGUUCUACACCCAGAGGAAGAAAUGAGGAAGUUGCUUCACUUCCUAGAACUGCAGUGGGACCCGUCAGUGCUGCACCAUGAAGAACUGAUUGGAAAGGCUGGUGGCGUAUCUCUGUCCAAGGUUGAGCGUUCGACAGACCAGGUGAUGAAGCCGGUGAACACUGAGGCCCUCUCCAAGUGGGUGGGACACAUUCCCUCUGAUGUGAUCAGCGACAUGGCUGAAAUCGCCCCCAUGCUGGCUCGCCUCGGCUACGACCCCCAUGCCAACCCUCCCGACUACACAAGACCGGAGCCCAAGGUGCCUCCAUUCAACUAUUCACAGAAUUUGAAAGCAGCAGAAAUUCCUCACCCCAGUUAAACUUGGCUGUGCGGAUCCAUGAUAUGGAUGCACCUUAAACACGGACUUUGGGUUCAACACUAUUUGCACCUCAUGGGGAAUUUUUUAGUGCUACAUGUGUAUUUUUGAAUUGUUUGUAAGACUUGUGUGCGGUGUUCAUGUCUGUACACUAGUGGGGUGUUUAAAAAUACGGACUGAUCAAGUGGUCUGGGGUUUAAAUCUCAUCUCUUACACCGGGAGUGGACUGCCUGCUCAGGGAAGUUUGCUGCUUCUCACGCUCCAUCAUUUCCUCCACGGUGAACCGACAGUAACACACUGCAUUUCAGCACGUUCUCUCACCUCGUACCUGAAAGUAUUUCAACGUGUCUGUAAGCUGGUAUGACUUCACCACAAUGUGAAUGUGUCUUCAGACAAAAUCCUUCACUCACUGAGAUUUCAGUCAGUGUUCAUGAAGCAUAAUGACUGUAUAUUUUUGAAGACGUAUGUUUAUUUUCUUAAUAAAUUAUUUUGGUGUUGACCAUUCAUUCAGGAAUUUGGAAGCUGAAGGGAUUUAUAAUUGUUGUAUAUUGUUGAACAUUAAUAAAUGGAGCAUAAAUGUCACCUUACAA